CAGUAUAUUAAAGAGAGAGAGCGAGCAGCCGCAGGAGCCCUGUUGCAGAGUUUCCACAUUAAACCGGACGGAGCUACGAUAGAUCACAUCCCAUCAUGUACAUCAAAUUCUGUAAUUUCGGUCCCUACGCUGAUAUGAAAGCGUCUGGGAAAUCCAAGGAGGAACCGAGUGCAGAUGUUUACACCAGGGUUCGAGUGUACAAGAGGAUUUCCGCUCUUUUCAUCAUUCUCUCUUUGCUCUUACUGGCUGUGGUUCUUGCUCUGGCUAUGAAGUUGUAUGAAGUUCAGUCCAUCCAGAAGUGCCCAGAGAGACCCGACGUUGAAGAACCUGAAGAAUUGAUCUGUAGCCGCCAACUAUGCGAGAUCCUGUAUCCCACCACACAGGCUGUCCAAAACCGUGGGUAUCGGUGCCCUGAGUGUGGGAGGGGCUGGUUGAAGUUUGACAACUCCUGCUACUUCAUGUCUAAGGAGCGUCUAAGCUGGCAGGAAAGCAGGGAGGCGUGUCAGAAACAGGGCGGAGACCUGGCUGUCAUUGACAGCGAACAUGUGCAGAAUUUUCUAACUGACAGUGGGGGCAUGCUGUACUGGAUUGGGCUCCGUUAUUCAGAAAAGCAACAGUGGAUGUGGAUUAACAAUACCGCACCAGCCCAGAGCUACUGGGCCAAUGGCCAGCCAGAUCCAGACUCCCAAGGCUCCUGUGCACUGCUAAGAGGAUGGAACCCUCACAUAAACAGCUGGUAUUCAAACCCCUGUGUGGUGCUGUCACAUUACAUCUGCCAGAGAGGUUGAAAGUGGAGAAGGAUCAACCAUAACCAUCACGUACAUCUGCUACAUUUUGCCUUUCACAUCAUUAUUACAUCACUCUUUUUUUUCCUUUUACAAAUGCAGAGCAUAAACAGUAACAAACAUAACAUCAGUACACGAAACAAUCCCUUUCUGUGAUGCACAAUCAAGUAGACAUGCUGUGUAUUUUUCAUGAUUGAAAACAAGAUAUGCUAAUUGUAUUCACUAAAAGUGACUUUGUGCUUCUAUUAGUUGUAAAUUGCAAUGCUUUUAAUUGCACUGAUGCAUAAUUGCGUUGCACGAAUCUCCUAUAAAACCAUGUCAAUGAGUGUAAGUAGAAAUGCCUUUACAGUGAUUCAAUUUAAAAUUCUUGUUUUUUCACUUUGUAAUACACUGUUUUUUCUAACCCACAUGUUUUCUAUUGUGGCUUUUUUUUUCAACAUAAAUCAGUAAUCACUUAAUAAAAUAAUGAAAUGAU